GUUCAACCCCACCACCACCUCUCCAGUCAUCAGCUCGGUUGUUGCUCCGCGACUCACCACGAUCCAAGCCGCUCCACAUAGGAGAAGAACAUCCCCGAUCUCUCAGACAAUUUCAACUUGCCCCAGCAACCAAAGACACUGACCAGUGGUACUGGACAUACACAUACCCACCAAAAAAAAAAUGUCCACCACCGACGACCCCCCCGCCGACCCCCCCACCACAGCGCCAUCCUUCAUCCCGCUCGAAGCCAACCCGGAGCUGCUCACCAGCCUGCUGCACAAGCUGGGCCUCUCGCCGGCGCUGGCCAUGCACGACGUGUACUCGCUGACCGACGCGUCGCUGCUGUCCUUCAUCCCGCGCCCGGCGCUGGCGCUGCUGCUGGUCUUCCCCCUCACCGCGGCGUACGAGUCGCACCGGCUGGCCGAGGACGCGCUGCAGCCGGCGUACGAGGGCGCGGGCCCCGCCGAGCCGGUCACCUGGUUCAAGCAGACAAUCCGCAACGCCUGCGGCCUGGUCGGCCUGCUGCACGCGGCCGCCAACGGGCCCGCGCGCGGGUUCGUCGGCGAGGGCACGCCGCUGGACGCGCUGCUGCGGGAGGCCGAGCCGCUGGGCCCCGCGGAGCGCGCGGCGCUGGUGGAGCGCGACGGGGCGCUGGCGCGCGCCCACGGCGAGGUGGCCCGCCGCGGGGACACGGCGGCGCCCGACGCCGCCGAUGAUGUCGAUCUGCACUAUGUGUGUUUCGUCAAGGGCCGCGAUGGCGGGUUGUGGGAGAUGGAUGGCCGGCGGAAGGGCCCGCUGCGGAGGGGGGAUCUCGAGGAGGCGGAGGACGUGCUGAGCGAGAAGGCGCUCGCGCUGGGGCCGCUCAAGUUUUUGGAGCGGGAGGCGGCGGAUCUGAGGUUCAGCUGUGUCGCGCUGGCGGGGAGCUUGGACUAGGGUAGGGGCCGGGAAAGGGGUGAGUGGGUAGGAGUUCGAGCGGCAGGAUACUGGAACGGUUGUGUAUGGGUCGGGGAUAAGGACAACGGGAUUGGAAGCGGGUUCUCAUCGGCUUAGCCGGAGUAGAAGAAAUCUUCUGGCCAUAGGCUGCCAUACCAUGAAUUUGGUGCACCAUAGAGGGUAGCCGGGAUUUUGAUUCUCAUACGGAGUAAACAAUUAGAUUUAUAUCUCGGUCGAGUGAGCGACUACUGUACAUG